AUGUCUGCCUCCUGUUCAGCGUUGAGACGGCUGACCCACAGGUCUCCCCGCACUUGGCCGUCCCGCAUCUCCUCCGUCUUCCGGCCUUUAUCCUCCUCCCCCUCCGUUGUCCAUCCCAGUCUCAGGACGUCCUCUGCUCUUCCUCGCGUGUCUCGCUUUUCCACCAUGGCAUCCCUUCAGCAUGCAGCCCCCGUUAUCCCCGGCGAUAAGCCGUAUGAUCCGGAGAUCAAGGACAUGGCCGACUAUAUCCACAACUACGAUGUGAACUCGGACUUGGCGUAUGACACCGCCCGUCUGGUGUUCCUCGAUACGUUGGGAUGCGGACUGGAGGCCUUGAAGUUCAAGGAAUGUUCCAAGCUACUGGGCCCUGUCGUUGAAGGCACCGUGGUUCCCAAUGGCACGCGUGUCCCAGGAACCCCUUACCAGCUUGACCCUGUCAAUGGCGCUUUUAACAUUGGCGCGAUGAUCCGCUGGCUGGACUACAACGAUUGCUGGCUGGCUGCCGAAUGGGGUCACCCCUCUGACAACUUGGGUGGAAUCCUCGCUGUCGCCGACUGGGUUUCCCGCACCAACCGAGCCGGAGGAAACAUCGCCAACGGCAAGAUCUUUCAGGUCAAGGACGUCCUGGAGGCCAUGAUCAAGGCGCACGAGAUCCAGGGUGUGCUGGCAUUGGAGAACUCUUUCAACAAGGUUGGCCUGGAUCACGUCCUCCUGGUCAAGGUUGCGACCACCGCUGUGGUUGCCAAGAUGCUCGGUCUCAGCGAAAAGCAGACCGCUGAUGCUAUCACCCAGGCUUUCGUCGAUGGCCAGUCUCUCCGUACCUACAGACACUCCCCCAACACCAUGUCGAGGAAGUCCUGGGCUGCUGGUGAUGCGUGCCAACGGGCGGUCAACCUCGUCUUGAAGGUGCAAAAGGGCGAGGGUGGCUUGCACACCGUCCUGUCUGCCCCUGUCUGGGGUUUCUACGAUGUCCUGUUCAAGGGCAACAAGUUCCAGUUCCAGCGCCCCUACGGCAGCUACGUCAUGGAAAAUGUUCUCUUCAAGGUUUCCUACCCAGCCGAAUUCCACUCCCAGACUGCGAUCGAAGCCGCUGAGAUGGUGAACGUGAAGCUUAAGGCUCUGGGCAAGACCGCCGCAGACAUCAAGGAGAUCAGGAACCGCACUCACGAGGCGUGCGUCCGUAUCAUUGACAAGCAGUUCAAGGCGAUGGACAACUUUGCCGAUCGCGACCACUGUGUUCAGUACAUGGUUGCGACCAUGUUGGUUUUCAACCGACUCACUGCCAACGAUUAUGCCGAUGGCUCCGAGGCUGCCACCUCCCCGCUCCUGGAGGAUCUACGGAAGCGCAUUUACUGUGUUGAGGAUCCUCAGUUUACCAAGGAUUACCACGACCCUGCCAAGCGCACCAUCCCCAACGCUCUCACCGUGACCCUGAACGACGGAACGGUGCUCGACGAGAUCGUCGUUGAGGCGCCCUUGGGUCACCGUCUGCGGCGCGAGGAGGCCAAGCCGGAGAUUCUGGCCAAGUACAAGCGUCACUUGCAGGCUCACUUUGACCAGGCGCGCAUUGACCAGCUUGUCGAGGUCGGCUGGAACCGCUCUGCACUUGAGAGCUACGAUGUCGACAAGUACGUCGAUCUGUACGUCAAGGACACGCUGGUGGCAGCUCAGUAG